AUGGAGGCCGCCGCGCCCGAUGGGGCCGCGCAGGCGUCCCCGGCCCCCGCGGAGGCCGACUGGCCGCCCGAGCUCCGCCUCCCGCCGCCGCCGCCCCCCGCGGACCCGCCGCCACCUGCGGGGACGGACGAUCCGCACUUCCUGAGCUCGAUCAUCGGGGACGCGGCGGACCCACCACCGCCCCCGCUCCCGACCCCGCCGCCUCCGCAGCAGCUCGGGCAGAAGCGGAAGCGGGGGAGGCCGCCCAAGAGGAAGGACGGCGCGGGCGCGGGGGCUGGGGCGGUGGUACCGGCGCCGCCGCCCGCCCGGGCCGCCAGGAGGAGGGAGGACGAGGAGGAGGUCGUCUGCUUCAUCUGCUUCGACGGGGGCAACCUCGUCGUCUGCGAUCGGAGGGGUUGCCCCAAGGUCUACCAUCCGGCGUGCAUCAAGCGUGACGAGGCAUUCUUCCAGUGCCGGAGCAAGUGGAACUGCGGCUGGCACAUAUGCAGCAGCUGUGAAAAGGCAGUGCACUACAUGUGCUACACUUGUACAUACUCCCUCUGCAAAGUGUGCAUCAAGAAGGGUAAAUUCUUCAGUGUCAGGGGGACAAAGGGCUUCUGCGACACAUGUUAUGGGACUAUACUUUUGAUAGAAUCCAAAGAUGAAAGUGCAACAAAGGUUGAUUUUGAUGACAUACUCAGCUGGGAGUACCUGUUCAAGCUAUAUUGGUUAGAUCUGAAAGGGAAGCUUUCAUUAACAUUGGAAGAACUUACUACUGCCAAGAACAGAUGGAAUGUUCCUAGCACUUCUGCUAGGAAAGAAAAAGAGGAGUCGUCUGAUGACCUGUUUGACGCUAAUGAUGAUGAUGAUGCUGGUUCUGACUGCUGCUCAAGAAAACGAAGGCGAACUAAUUCAAGGAAAAAGGGUCAAAAACGCCGAAAGGUAAAUAAAGAUUGUAGCACUGCUGCAAAAAAGGUCGAGCUUCCAACUAGAAAUACUGAGAGCGUUCCCACGGAAGUGCCAAAUGAACGGGUGCCAUUGCCAGUAGACACAAAAGUACCAAAUGGACGGAUACCCUUGCCAGUAGACACAAAAGUACCAAAUGAACCAGUGCCCUUGCCACCAAACAUGAAAUGGGCAUCACCAGAGCUAUUGGAGUUUAUAGGACACAUGAGAGAUGGCGAUCAAUCUUUCAUUUCUCCGUUUGAUGUUCAGAUUCUUCUGCUUGAUUAUAUCAAGAAGAAUAACCUUCGCGAUCCUCAGAGGAAAAGCCAAAUUAUUUGUGACUCGAGACUUCACCGCUUGUUCAGGAAAGCACGAGUUGCUCACUUUGAGAUGUUAAAGCUUUUGGAAAUGCAUUUUCCUAUGAAUGAGACUUCAACAGUAUCUGAUAGUAGCCAAGUGACUAUCAGUCUCAAUUCAGCUCAUGUAGAUACCAAUGGAUACAAUGACAUGGCUGCAAAAUUUUCUCCUGAUAAGAGAAGGAUCCAUAGAAAGAUGGAAAGAGAUACACAAGUUAAUCUUGAGGAUUAUGCAGCAGUUGACAUGCAUAAUAUAAAUUUGAUUUACAUGAGGCGCAGCCUGAUGGAGGAUUUAAUUGAUGAUGCCAAAUUCUCAGACAAAAUUCAUGGUGGUUUUGUGAGGAUAAAAAUUUCUGAUGUGUGCCAGAAACAAGACAUAUAUCGUCUCGUAAAAGUUAUUGGAACACACAAGGUUCCAGAAAAGUAUAGCAUUGGAAAGAAGAUGACAAAUUUUGCACUUGAGAUAUUGAAUUUAAACAAAAAGGAGAUUAUUACAAUGGAUACAAUAUCUAAUCAUGAUUUUACAGAGGAGGAGUGCAAACGUUUAAGGCAGAGCAUGAAGUGUGGUGUAAUUAGCAGACUAAAAGUGGGGGAUAUCCUAGAGAAAGCAAUGAUAUUGCAAUCUGUAAGAGUGAACGAUUGGUUUGAAAAUGAAAAGCAGAGGCUUGGGCAUCUUCGUGAUCGUGCAAGUGAAACUGGGCGCAGAAAAGAAUAUCCUAUUGACCAUAUUAUGAUAGAAUAUGUAGAAAAGCUGCAGCUUCUCGACAAUUCUGAGGAAAGAACUCGUAGGAUUAAUGAAGUUCUGGAAGUGCAUGUUGACUCACAUAUGGAUCCUAAUUAUGAGUCUGCUGAAGAAACAGAUGAGAAAAGAACUGUUGCAAAGUCGGUAAAUCGGACAAGACCAGAUACAACCAUAUCGCGAAGAAUAUCAAGAUAUCUUAGCACUAAGCAAAACCAUCCUCAAAAAGUUUCUGAUUCUAGCCACCAUCCAAAAAGCUUGUCCACAGAAAGUACAAUUUGUGAAUCAGGGGCAAGAAGUUUGGAGAACAGCACAGCAAACAGAACUAUGUAUGAAGCUGGAUCACUUUCAUCUUCUGGAGUAACAAUGUCAAAUGGCACAGAGCCGGAGAAAGUCUGGCACUACAAGGAUCCUUCUGGGAAUGUUCAGGGUCCAUUUACUCUUUUGCAACUAUCAAAGUGGACAAGUUACUUCCCACGUGAUCUGAGAGUAUGGCUUACAUUUGAGAGUGGAGAGAGAUCAUUGCUGUUGACUGAAGUGCUUUCAAAACAGCAGAAAGAUUUCACUCAGGCUGCAUCACAUACAAGUAGCAAGGCAACUCUGGUUGGCACUGGAGAUACAAGGAACAGCCCUAGUGUGGAUCAGACCAAUGCUUUCUCCCCUGUUGGUCAUAGCAUGGUUAGUUCUUCUGGAAUAACUGUUCAGUAUAGUAAGUAUUCUGUUCCAGAAAGGGAAAGUGUGUACUCUCCAGAAGAUAGCUUGUCGCUAUCAACUAGUUCGGUUCCACUGAAGGAUGCUUAUACUGUGAAUAGCCAAGCACACUGCCAGAAUAAGCAUUCUGUUUUCAUUCAAUCUCCUGGGAGUUCAUAUGGGCACACAGACUUGAACCCUGAUGGAAUACAGGGAUGCUCUGGUGAAUCAAACCACCAUCACAGCAGUGGAACCCUAUGGAGUCCUACCGUGGCACAUAUGAGUUGUAGUGGACGUGGUAAUGUGGAAUCUCAUCAGAAUCAGUACGUUUCCUGGUCACAAAGUCAACAUGAAUCUAAAAAUAGUUCACAAAGAGGACCUGUUAAAGAUCUGAUGAAUUCAAGGCGGGAUCUAUCAAAAAAUCUACCUACUCAACGUAUCGGGAAAGAUGUAUCCAGUCCUUUGUUUGCUUGGAGUCCGGCCGAGUCGAGGACAGCUUCAAGUCAACAUGAAGGCUCUUGCUUAAGUUCAACAACUAAUCCAAGCUUUCUCGAUGAACUUCACUUCUUCUAUUGCUUCUGCAAAGCCUAA